AUGCUCAUGCGCAUUUCAGUUGCAGCUGUGGCUUCGGCCGGGCUUGUCAUAGCCCAGGCAUCUUCAGAUGAUAGUACUCACAACACGCUUGCCUCUUUUGCCUUUAUUCGAACUGGAGAGCGGACCCCCAUUCUACGAAACAAUACCCAGGUCCUGACGGCGCUAGGCGCCCAACAAAUGUACACACUUGGAGAAAACUUCAGAACAAGAUACAUUACUGGCGACUCACCAAGCAGGCUUGGUGUACAGCAUGUUGCAGGAAUGUCAGUCGAUGUCAUAGACAAUGACCAAGUACGAGUUCAAACUCUGGAAAAGCCAUAUCUUGUUUCUUCUGCACAAGCAUUUAUGCAGGGUCUAUAUCCUCCGAACAGCAAUUCCAACGGAACCGGACAAGGCACUAGCCGUCUUGCAGAUGGCACCCAGGUUGAUUACCCGCUCAACGGAUACCAAUAUGUUAGCAUCCAAGCUGCUGGUCUUGAAGACCCAGAUUCAAGAUACGUUUCUGGAUCGCAAAACUGUCCUCUUGCGCAAGUAGCUGCACUGAACUUUUUCGAAACGGACAAGUUCAAGGAAACGGAGGCGGCCAAUGCCGAUCUGUUCAAGAAAUUGAACAUAGACUGGCUGGAAGGCACGCUUCCCGAAGCAUAUUUUAAUGCCCGCUCGGCUCUUGAGAUAUCCGACUACAUCUCUUACCAAUACUCGCACAAUUCUAGCGUCUACAAAGCUCUAUCAGCAAACGACUCUGACUACACCGGUGUCUAUGACCGGCUCGGCGACCUUGCCGAUGAAGUUGCCUGGCACCUCUACGGAAACGCAUCAGACGUAUCAACCGAUGCAAACUACCAAGCCAUCGGAGGCAAGACUCUGGCCAGCUCCAUCCUCGACUCAUUCAACCUCCAAAUCGCCAACAACAAAACCAAGCCAAGUAACGAGAGCGUCCCAUCCCAGCGGCUAACCUUUUAUUUUGGCGAACAAGACGCAAUGAUGGGCCUCAUCUCCCUCCUCAACCUCGACUCCAAAUCCGCAAACUUCAAAUCCAUCCCUUCCUACGCCUCAGCCCUCAUCUUCGAACUCUUCAGCACAACCACCUCACCCAACCCCAGCCCAGACAACCUCUGGGUCCGCUUCUCCUUCCACAACGCAACAACCACAUCCGCCUCGCCACUCGUCGCAUACCCCUUGUUCAACCACGGGCCCUCCAACACAGACAUGUCGUGGCCCGACUUCUCGCGCCAACUCAGCGCCAUAGCCGUGUCCGGCAUCGCAGACUGGUGCCGCACCUGCAACAGCGGCAGUCUCUUCUGCUGGGGCGCCGAAGCAAAGAAGAGUCUCGACGACGUGCCUUCCUCGUCUCCCUCUUCCAUCCGCGAGCUCAAAUCCCGCCUCUCCCCCGUCGUCGGCGGCAUUAUCGGCGCCGUCGUUGCGCUCGUCGUUGCUGCCGUGCUUUUCGCCCUCGUCAUGCUCUUUGCCGGUGUGCGCGUGCAUCGUCCGCAACCCAACAAUGCCAAUCGUAAUGAUGGCACUGCUAAUGCCAGCGGGCUCGGCGGCUUCAAGGGCGUGGCCAAGCUGCCGUCUGAUGCCGAUUUAAGACUUACGAGUGAGGCUGGUGCGGCAGCCGCAGCCGCGGCGCGUCCAAAGAAGGGACAUGAACGCAUUGGGAGCUGGGAGAUGAAGCAUAAGGAGUUUGGCAACGAGGACAACGAGGAUGUCAGUCGGAAGAGCAGUUUUGAGAGGAUUGAUGGGGUUGUUGCGGGGGCGAGGGUGGAGCCGGCUCAAAGGUUUUAA